ACAUUAUCAUCAGUGCAUCGUUGUGAUUGUGAUCGUGAGUGUGGAACUAAGUAGUGUUUGCGGCAAUUAAUUGUGUGUUGUACAUAGGGACAUAAGUGUGACAAACAACAACAACAAUAUUUGAUAGACUACUAAACGCCAAGAUUAACUGUUCAUACAUGUGUUUACUGUUAUUCGCGCGCAUACUUAUUAUUAUAUGUAUAUAAACAGAUGUGCUUACACAUACAUACAUACAUAUGUAUGCGAUAAAGAUAAUAUUUGAAACAAAUAUGUAAUCUACAGAUAGGCGACUGACAAUUUGACGGUCCUCUGAACAUUUUGUGUUGAACAUCAACGCUAAGGCGUCACCUCUAAUGCAAAUACAUACCAACACACAAACACAAACUUAAUAUAAUAUAUAAUCGCCUGCUACUGCUCGGCUGUUAGUGACGCUUUAUCUCGCAGCAUAUCGAAGGUGUUGUGGGAUCUCACACCAACCGACCAACGCUGAGUUUAUAAAAUAGCAAUAGCUUGCAGACUUUGUUGCCAAUUCAUAGUUUGUCGCUCGUGGCGCUUACACAAUCGUAGUGAAGAUUGAAAAAAUCUAAAACAAAACUCACAAAGUCAAAAAAAGUGUCACGAAAAAGCUCAACAUUAUAAGAAUAAAUUAUUUUAUUCAUCAAAACUAAGUUUCAAAAAACUGCAGUGUUAAAUGUGAAACAUCGUGUGUUUGUGUUAGUGAGUCCAGAAAUUCUUUUCAACGUUUUCAUAAAAAGUGUAACUAUGGUUGAGCUUACGAAGGAUGCGCAGGAUAAUGGUGGUGAUACUUAUGGUGAAAAUGAUGUCGCGUCGCGUUUACUCGAUAAUGGCAAUGUCAAAGCAAUUGAAAACACAAAUGGUGUACAAAAUAAAGAAAAAGAAAAAUCCGAUCCAAAUGCGGAUCCAACAAUGACCGAUGAAAUUAAUAAAUUAUUAAGUGAUAUGCCAUUAACGGAUGAUUUGACCUGCGGUUUUUGGAUAUUUAAGGGACGUUUCCUGCAAAGAUUUGCGAAUCAAACGGCCUAUGUGUUGCUCUAUGGCAUUGUGGGUUGUGUCUUCUCAAUGACAUAUGCCUACUUCAAUGGCACGAUCACAACAAUUGAGAAGCGCUUCAAAAUACCAUCCAAAAAUACUGGGAUCAUAUCGGUGGGCAAUGAUAUUAGUCAAAUGAUGGUCUCAGCGGUGCUCAGCUAUUAUGCGGGAAAAGGACAUCGACCGCGUUGGAUAGGUUUAGGCCUUCUAACAAUUGUGGUGUUCUGUUUAAUGACGGCAUUGCCACAUCUACUUUAUGGACCCGGUGAUGAUGCGUUGGCGUUAACCGCCGAAUUCGGUGCACAGCCCGAUGAGAAUGCCACCAUGGAAGCGAUUGAAAAUCAAGGCUCGAAAACGUUGUGUCGCCUAAAUGGCGGUGGUGCGAUGUGUGAGAUGGGUGAGGGCAAUUUAGCGCCACAAUUGGUGUUAUUCGUAGCACAAUUCAUCUCGGGCAUUGGUGGUUCGCUCUACUAUACUUUGGGUGUUUCAUAUAUGGAUGAUAAUACAAAGAAAUCGCGUACACCAGUUUUGCUAAGUUUAUCCUACUUCCUGCGCAUGUUGGGACCGGCAUUCGGUUAUGCGCUCGCCUCUUUCUGUUUACGGCUUUAUAUCGCGCCAAAUUUGCGUCCGGUUAUCAAUAAUCAAGAUCCACGUUGGCUGGGCGCUUGGUGGUUGGGUUGGCUAGUGAUUGGUGGUAUGAUUUUUGUAUCGGGUAUCUUCCUUACAAUGUUUCCAAAACAAUUGCCACGUGCAUUGGCCAGACGUUUGGUAGAAGAAGAGCGUCGUAAGCGUAUGUCAGUGAAGGAAAAUGCGGAAAAUGGCGUCAAAGAGCCGACUGAAAAGGAUAAACUGACCGGCGAAAUGGAGGAGCCACCGAAUGAGGAAGCCAAAGCUUCAUUUUGGGAUAUGUUGACAACAUUCAAGCGUCUUCUAAGAAAUAAAACUUUAAUGUGUAAUAAUUUCUCAUCGGUUUUUUACCUAUUCGGUUAUACACCGUAUUGGAUAUUUUUACCGAAAUAUAUUGAAAUACAAUAUCGGCAAUCGGCAUCGACAUCGAGUUUGGUGACCGGUACAGUUGCUCUGGCUUUCUCUGCCGCGGGUAUUUUACUCUCAGGCUUUGUGAUAUCACACUAUAAGCCCCGAGCACGCUAUAUGGCUGCCUGGAAUGUUAUUGUGGGUUUCCUGACCGUAGCUGGUAUGUUGGCAUAUGCGUUUAUCGGCUGCCCUGGUAACGAGCAAUCGGUUAUUGUCAAUAUACACGACAGCGCUUUAAGUAGCACACCCACCUGCAAUUCGGAAUGUCAUUGUGAUUAUGUGCGCUAUUCUCCAGUCUGUGGAGAGAACAAUAUGACAUAUAUCUCUCCAUGUCAUGCGGGUUGUAAGAAGCAAUACAAAACUGCUAGGGGAAAGAAGAUUUACUAUGACUGCUCUUGUAUACCUAAUGACAGCCGCAAUAAGAGUUCGAGACCGAUAUUCCAACGUCUUACUGUUAUGGAUUUAAAAUCAGAGGCAUACAUAGGUGACGAUGAUGACAAUAAUACUACAACAAUAAUGCCCGAAGAGUUGUCAACCACAACACUAGCAUCCACGUUACCCACUUCGCUGAGCACCUCAUAUCCUGAUGUUAUGCUCGGCGGUCAAGCUAUAACGGGCGCAUGUCCAGUGAAUUGUUUUGCUCAAUUCGUCACUUUCCUAUCGGUGAUGUGUUGCCUGAAAUUUGUCGGCGCCACGGGACGUGCUUCAAAUUUCUUGGUUUCUGUACGCUGUGUUUCGGAAAAGGACAAAACGGCUGCAAUGGGUUUCGGCAUGAUGAUGAUGUCGAUGUUAGCGUUUAUACCCAGUCCCAUCUUCUUCGGUUGGGUGCUCGAUCGUCUCUGUCUGGUGUGGGGUAAAACGUGUACGAAUAAGGGCAAUUGCUGGCUUUAUGACCCCGAAUCGCUGAGAUACACACUCAAUAUAACCGCUUCAAUAUUCGUCGCUAUUGGCGCUCUGUUCGAUUGGGGUGUUUGGUAUUAUGUAAAAGAUCUAAAAAUCUUCGACGAAGAGGUAAAAGAUAUGGAAAUGGAAAUCGUACAGCAUGAAGAAGAGGUGAAUUCGGUUAAGGAUUUGGAAGUAUAAUUUUUGUAGCGCUUCAAUAUAGUGGAUCCUUUCGUUGUAUGUGUGUGGCUGUGACUGUUUGAAUGUGUCUGGUUUUGUUGCGAGUAUGGUUUACGUACAUAUAUACUAAGUAGACAUGUAAAAUCUAGCGCAUUUUGUAAAUAAACUGAAGGAAAAUAAUAAAAAAGUAUGCUAAUUUACCAAAAGUUUUUGUAGUUGUACAUAAAUAUUGACAUAAAUUCGUUGUUGUACUUUUCAUAAAUUAAUUUUAAACAUUUAUUAUAAAUCUGUAUCAACAUUAAACGAUGUACAAUUUGUCUAGAUGCCUAAGAACGAAGUAUUAAUAGCUAAGUUUUAUGUAUCAAACCAUCAGUUUACUGUAAGUUUAAGUAUUGUAUAUACAUACAUUCCAAAAACAAAACAAAAAUCAAUUUAAUACAUUCUGAAUAAAAUAAGAAUUUUGAAAA